AUGACAAGAAACUAUGCAAGAAUCGCGUCUCUUGAUCAUCAUCGAAAAUGUGAUCUUAUAUAUCAAAUUGUGCAUACAUAUUUUAAGAAGUGGAAAAAUGAUCUUCCUCCAUCAAUUGCCUGCAGACUUGAUCAUAUGAAUGAUGAGUUUCGAUUGAUAACAGAAUUUUCUGUUUGGUUGAGCAGGAUGAGUUGUGGAUACAAAGUGAAUAUGUUAUCAAGAUGGCAGUGGAUUUUACAUAGUACUAUCUCGUUAUUUAUUCCAUACAUGGUGAAACGUUUGCUUCCUUUAUCCAUCCGUCAAGCUAGAUGGAUGUACAAAAUAGUCGCCAUUUUUCGGUUUGCAAACUUGUUACAGCUUCUGCUGUUUUAUCACAUGGGUGGUUAUCAGAAUAUUGUGGAAAGAGUAACGCAAAUGAAGGUGGUGUACAAGAAAGAAUUGGGUUUAUUAAAUUUUGGGGCGCUAAACCAGCAACUCAUUUGGCAUCUGUUUCGAGAUUUUCUCAUUCUUUUGGUGUCAAUGAAAAGUGAGUUUUGGAAAUCAACAAAAUACAGAAGUGGAAAGGAUCUAAACGCGGUAUUGUGCACAGAGUGUGCGCAAGGAGUUAUAAUACCAGUAAAGAAUAUUAACUGUGGUCACAUUAGAUGCUAUACAUGUUAUCAUAGUGAACCUUCAUGUGCGACAUGCGGGAACGUGAAUACUUCUUGCUUCCGUUUUUUACAGGUUUCUGAGAGCGGUUCGUAA